AUGGCGAACACGACCAAUGCACAGCUGGAAAAGCCUACGGGCGAGUAUCGCCAGUAUCUGCCCGACUUGAGCCUCCCACGCUUUCAGGUGAUGUGCACGCAGGAUGCGCACGAAUAUGCCCAUGCUUUUAAGACGGGGAAGCAGCCCCCAUGGUUGCAUGCGCUGUAUAUGCAUUGGUUGGAUUUGUUCCAGGAGCCCUUCAAGGGUGUCACCACCGACGGCAAUGUCCGUCCCGAUCUGUUCACAUUACAAGAUGAAGAUAUCCCCAUCCAACAGAUCGUCGACGCUACACAAUCCCUUCUCUCUCUCCUAGACGACAAGCAAAAGGAAGCCGUCUGCUACCACAUCGACUCGCCGCAAUGGCGCACAUGGUCGAACCCAGAGUUCCUCCUCUCGCACAAGGGCGUGCGCCUCGACGAGGUCACCCCCUCCAUCCGCGACGCAGUCAUGAACAUCCUCAAGACCACCCUCUCCCCGGAAGGCUACUCAAAGGCCGUCAGCGCCAUGCGCAUCAACCACUUCCUCGGCGAACUCGUCAAGUCCUCACGCGUCAUGAACGAAUUCUCCUACAACUUCGCCCUCUUCGGUCGUCCCUCCACGACUAGACCCUGGGGCUGGUCGUUCUACGGCCACCACCUGUGUCUAAAUAUCUUCCUGUACAAGGGGCAGAUUAUUGCUUCACCGUGGUUCACGGGCGCAGAGCCGAAUGAGAUUGAUGCCGGUCCGUACGCUGGGACCCGCAUCAUGCAAGUCGAGGAGAAACUAGGUCUGCAAUUGAUGCAGUCCCUCUCCGCCGAGUUACAAUCCCGCGCGCGCGUCUUCGCCGAAAUGAAAGACCCCGCUAUGCCGGUCGGUCGCUGGAAUAAGGAUGACCAGCGGCACGUGUGCGGUGCAUACCGCGAUAACCGCGAGGUUCCCUACGAGGGUAUCCUCGCGUCAACCUUCAGCGCCGAACAGAAGGAGCUUAUGUACGGCAUUCUGGAGCAGUAUCUUCUCUACCUGCCUGCGAAGGCGCGCGCAAUGAAGAUCGAGCAGAUCCGCAAGUUCGAAGGCGAGACGUACUUUUGCUGGAUUGGUGGGUAUGGCGAUGAGAAUGCGUUUUAUUAUCGGAUUCAGAGUCCCGUUAUUCUGGUCGAGUUUGAUCAUCACUCCGGUGUGUUUUUGAACAAUGAGGAGCCGAAGAAGUUCCAUAUUCAUACUUUGUUGCGUACGCCUAAUGCGGGUGAUUAUGGACACGCCUUGCGGGCGAAGAUUCCUGCUGUUGAGGGGUUGAAUGCGAAGGAAAUUGUUUGGUAG